CUCAGGGAUGAAGGAGUCCCAUCAGCCUUUUGUGACCCUUCCCUUCCUUUUGGCGUCAGAAUUAGAAGUUCUAAUUGGCUGCUCUUACAGUGGCGCUCUCCCUAUGAGCUGGCAGUACAUCUUUGAGCUCACCGGCACUGCUCUUCAGCUUCAGUACCAACCUGCCCUUUCCCUGUGCUAUAAUUUCCUGUGUCAAGAAAUGAAUCCUCAAACUUGCCUGGAUGUGGUAUCUUUUGCCGAGGCCUAUGAAAUGGCACAGCUUCUUGAAGUUGCUGAUGAUUUUGUCCUCCGGCAUUUCCAGAUAGUGGCAUGCACCCCAAAGUUUACGGACCUGUCAGCCAAAAAGCUCUUGAUGUACCUAAACAGUAACUCACUUUAUGUUCCAUCUGAACUUGUUAUAUUCAAAGCAGUGGUGGCUUGGAUCCAAGCAAAGCCCAAGAUAAGGCUCAGACUAGCUCAUGAACUUAUGAAAACUGUCCAGUUUCCCCUGAUGACAUUCAAGGAAUUUAAGGAAGUGCGAUCUCAGACCAUGUGGUCUAAUCCCAACUUGGCAGAACUGUAUGAAAAAAUCUUUGAAGAUUUCUGCUCCAGUGAGACUGCACAGCAUCAGUUCCGCAUCUAUAUGCCAAAAGAGAGUCUCGUUGUGAUUGGAGGUGACCAGAUUUCUGAAGACCUGAGUAGCCGCAACAUCAGCAGAGAACUUUGGUUUGGGAAUUCCCUGAGGAAUCACAUAGGGGUAAAAAAGGCAUUGGAGUGGAGAAAGCUGGGAGAGAUGCCUGAGCCAGCAAGAUUCGGGCAUGAGGUGGCUGUCCUAAAAGGACGAUUGUAUGUGUUUGGAGGCAAGAAGUAUUAUGGCAUUGAUGACACCCUGAAUAAUGUUUGCAGGUAUGACCCAUGUGAAAACAGUUGGGAGUGUCUGGCUGAAAUGCAAGAAAAAAGAUCCUCCUUUUCAGUGGUUGUAUUUAAUGAAAAGAUAUAUGCCAUUGGCGGACACAGUGACACCGACCCUACAGAUAGUGUUGAAAGAUACUGCCCAUCUACAAAUUCUUGGAACUUCACCUCACCCUUGGAUCUGCCUCUGAGUGGGCAUGUAGCAAAAGUUUCCCAAGGACAGAUCUUCAUAACAGGAGGGGGAAAUAAUGAUUACCUCUGUGUUGCGUCCCUGUUUCUGUACCACCCAGAAACAGGAAGCACCUACCUGGCAAACAUGGCUUCACCUCGAGCUCAUCACUGCAUGGAGAUCUUGGGUGAAUGUCUUUAUGUGGCAGGUGGAGUCACCACUGAUGAUACCAUGACUAUUGUUGAUCUGCUAUCUUGUGAAGUGUACAGUCCAGUGGCUAACUGCUGGACCGCCUUUGCAUCUCUGCCAGUGCCGCAUGUUGGAGCAGGAAGUGCCAUUUUGGAGGAAAAGUUUUAUGUGCUGGGUGGAUACAGUCAGGAGGACUACACUGACACUAAGGUGGUGCACCGCUAUGAUCCUGCCAUACAGAAAUGGGAGAACAUGGGAAAGAUGCCCGGGCCAAACAAUGAUAUCCGUGCAUCUCUGCUGUGUUUGCCAAUGCAUUUACGAAUGUAAGACAUGGUAACAAAUCUCAUUAUUAUUCAUAACCACAACAGGAGGAGUUAUCAUUAUAAACUUUAUGAAUUAAGGAGAGAUUGCUAAGAUGAACAGGAUAAAAAAAUGAACUGGAACCGAUAAUAAUUUACAUUCAAACAAUAUGUUUUGUAGUUUUCUGAAGGUUUUUGUCAAAAUCUUAAUUUUCUUACUUUCAGAUAGUGUGUGUGUGUGUGUAUAUUUUUAAAGUUUCAGUGUUCACUUUAAACCUUUUGGCAUCCUUUUUCUUGAUCAUAUAACACAAGGUUUAAAUUAGAUAUGAAUUAAAUUGAACUGAACUGUGUGAUAUCAGUUCCAUACCAGAAUGCAAUAGCAAAGUACGAUCACAUGAGGGAGCUCUCUGCCUUCCCUGUUGUGUUUAUAGUUGCCAUACUUGCUGGUGGGAUGCUGGUAAACACAGCAGUCAUUGUAAAAACUGUACACAAAAGGUUGUUUUGCAUUUAUUAUUCUGAAGAAGUUUCUCAAAAUUUAUAUUUUCAUCAAAUUUUACUUAAAAUUGAACAACAAUGGACUGAAUUCUUUAAUCAUGUAAGUAUACUAUUGCAUAUUUAGGUAAUAUUAGCCAAGAUCCUUAGAAGCUUGUGCAUAGAUCAAGAGAUUUGACGCCUAAUGUUGCUUUAGCAUUUUAAGACGAUGCUGACCCAUGUAUUUAAAUGUCUACACAGGAAAGAUUAAAAGACAACUGAAGGUUGUGUGGCCAUUUAGAUUAUCAUACACCCAAUCCUUAUCCCACAAUUCUAUGUGCACCCGAUCACCAACAUUGCUGUUGCUGUCAGCGCCGUCUGCUGAAGGGCUGUCAUAGGUUGAAAUUUAUUCUUCACAAGUAUAGCACCCACUGUGUGAGUUUUGUAGGCAUAGGUACUGAAACCGAAGUAGUAGAGACCAUUCACUGGUGCUGUGAAGAUGCCUGCAACAGAAUAAAGGAAAUAUCUAAUCUUUCUGUCCAGCCACGUUACAAGGAAACAGUACAGGGGAACUCCAGUGAAUUACAUUUCGUUUCAUAAUCUGGAUGACAGUAUCCAUUUAGUCAUAGUAACAGAAAUGUAUACCAGGAUAUUUGCAUUAUACUGGCUUAUACUGUUACACUGAA